AUGGCUGCACCGCUACCGGGCUUCACCCCGCUCCUGCUCUCUUCUCUGGCACUCCACCUGCUUUUCCUCGGCCCUUUGUUCGCCCUCACCCCGGGGACGGGGAACACAGGAGGGGCUUCCCACCGGUGGACCCCGGGCCUCUGCUACAGAGACGCCGGUACAGUGAGCCAGCAGCAUCAGCGGCAGCAGUGCGAGGGAGCAGGGGAGUCGCCGAGGGGCAGCUGGAAUCUACGCCCAAGCAGGUGGACCGUGCAGCGGAUACAGUCUGGAGGAUGCUCUGGAGAGCAGUGUACAGGAGGAAAGCAAGGAGGAUUUUACUGGAAUGGGACAGGGGGGACCUGCCGGGAGAGACUUAAAGGAGUCGGGACGUUAUGGAGGAGUGGAAACGGUCAUCCGGCUCCACCAACGCCUCCCCCUCCUCUCCACCCAGGUAUGAGGAGCGAGUCGAGCUCUGAUGGCGUCGGCAAAGGAAAGGGAGUGGAAAGAGUGAGGAUGAGGAGGAAGGGCGUUGUUUCUCCUCCCGCCUCACCUGCUUUCACCCCUUCGCCGGUUCAAAACGGCAAAAAACGGGCAGUACAAAGGACUAGAGUGUGCGCGCAACGGUGGCCGGCGUCGAGGCCACACCUCACCAAACGUGGCGCCGCCGGAGCCUUUGUGCACGCCUGUGGCCUGUGCAGGGCACCCGGAAGUGUAAAGAGGAGAGGGGAGAGGGCUCGUGAGGUGAGGAUGCUCUUUGCCUCAUGGUGCUCCCUGACACCGGGGUAUCACUACAGGUCAAGCCCUGACAAACAAACCCUCGCUUCGGCCACAAGCCUCCACCCUGGCCCUUUGCCAACCGGUUUCUCUUGUUGCUUUCAUCCUCUUUCUGGAUACAGUUCACCACGCUGUCAGGCUUCAAACUACACCUUUACCUUUGAUUCCCUACCCAACAACAAUUCAGACUGUAUCAAGAGAUCAAAAUUGGACUACAUUCGAGAUUUAUCAGCUUGUAAAGCCUCCCAGAGCGGCUCCACUGAUUACAAUCAGCCGCAUCCAGUUUACAGAGACAGCAGCAACAGCGAGGGUAGGGCUGCUGACGGGGGCUCAGCCAGCUUGGACAGGAGGGCUGGUAAUUGUUCUCAUUUGGGCAUGCACAAUGUUAUCGAUCCAAGCAGCAUCAGAGAGGGGGGUGAUGAUAGCAGUUUGACUGGGUGCAUUAGGAGCAGAAGGGGGAAGAAGGGAAGGAGGAGAGGGGGAGAAAAUGAGGAAGAGAAACAGGCGUGCAGAUGUAGCGCACCGGCUGUGAUUAACCCCGGUAUCAGGACACACCUAGAUUAUUCUGGACCCCUCGACCGAGAUGCAAAGGGAAGAUAUAACAGCUCCCGACUUGUGCAUGAGAGUAGAGAGGGAGGGAUGAACCAAGGCAGCAAAUACAUUAAUUUAUCCAAUUAUCCGGAUAAUGAUUUGGCUUUUCCGAUUCUGACUUUUUCAUGUAGGGCUGAUAAUGAGCUUCAGCAGGGGAAAUCAGCUCCAGCAACUACAGGGCAGAGCAGGCCAACCCGCGGAGACAGCAGGGAGGUUCCUGGUGGUUGUCUCGGUUGUUUGGACAGAAUAGAAAAGGGGGAUGGUUAUUUCGCUGAGUUUAUGGUCCCGGAGGGAGGCAUAGCUCAGAAGAGUGUCCUCAUUCAAUUUAGCAGCAAAACAGGGACGCCUCGCCAACAUUAUCUAUCUAGGAAAGGCGCGAUUCCUGAAAUCACAACAACAUAUCCUGGACCGGUUUCCAACACGCCCCCUCGAGUACCAACAGACGAUUGUGCAGAAAGUGUGAAACUCUCCAAACUGCUCAGGCUUUCUGCUGAAAAAGUAAACGCAACUCCAGCAACGGAGUCUGCCGGUGACUCAGUGUUUUUCUCGCCUGCUAAGUUUCCCGGGGAUGUGUCAGCCACGUCUCGCUCAGCAGCAGCAAUUACGCCACAUCUUCUCUCUCAGCCUGAUGUCACUGCAACAGAACACCUCCCGUUUCUCUCGGAAAUUAACUUGACCGCAUGGCAGGGUGACUCCGCGCUCUCCCUCCACUUACCCUCCCUUCAGGACCCGAUUUCAGCACAAUGGACAGCUCCCAGAGACUCUCAGCGAGUGUAUCUGUGGAGCCAAUUUAACACCAACAGUAACAACAACAAUGAAGAGGAGGUAAAUGGAUACAGUCAUGAAUCUGGAGCUGAAAACUUGCAAAGGAAUGGCCAAGAUAAGCAGCAGGACCGACGGGAGAGCGCGCUGAGAGAGAUGGUACACGCAGGAUGCGCUGACGGCAUUUCCACCGACUGUUCAACCACCAAGCAGGGGGACUACGCACAUAUGCAAUUAAAACCCGGUAAACAAGUGCCAUUAGAGCCCGAAGGUGUCAGACACUCAGAUUUGCAGCAGAUGGGGGCCGAGGGAGAAAGGGAGAGGGAUGCAGAGAGGGAGGGAGAGGGCUUGGAGGGGUCCGCCGCUGUUGCUGCCGCUGGUGGGGGAGGGAAAUUACAGGUGGGGGUGGGCGAAAGAGAGGCGCGGCUGAUAGCAGGGGGAGAAGAGCAAGAGGAGGAGGAGUGGGAGAGGGAAAGGGGAAUAACAAAGGCAAGCAAGGCAGAGGAGAGAGAGGCAGAGAGAGGGAAGGGUCAGGAUAGGGGCAGUAGCAUCACCACCAUCACACAAGCAUACAGCAAAAGAGGGAAAAGAGAGAGUCAGGCAGAUGAAAGCCGAGAGGGGGGUGAGAAGGGGGGAGAGGGGGAGGAGAGGCACAGUUCAAGGGGAGAGAGGAGUCUGGAGCGGCUGAUAAUAGUAGCAGAUGAUGAAACCUCACAGAGAGAAAGGGGGAGGAAGAUUUUACUGCCAUGGCCUCGCUCUCGACGUGCAGCCAACAGACACCCCCAUUUCUCCCAGUACAACUUCCAAGUCCAAGUGGCCGAGAACCAGCCGCCCAGCACCUCAGUUAUUAUCAUGUCCGCCUCAGACCCUGAUGCAGGAGAUGCAGGCAGGGUGAGCUACUCAAUGGCCCCACUCAUGAACAGUCGAUCAUCUGACUACUUCCACAUCCACCCGGACACAGGUCUCAUCACAACCACUCAGAUUCUGGACAGAGAGCACAUGGACUUGCACUACUUCCGGGUCACAGCGACAGAUUUUGGCUCCUCUCGCCUCUCUGGCACCACUAUGGUGGCCAUUACUGUUUCAGACAGGAAUGAUCACUCUCCUAUCUUCGAGCAGGCAGAGUACAGGGAGACCAUCAGGGAGAACGUAGAGGAGGGGUAUCCCAUCCUGCAGCUGAGAGCCACAGAUUUAGAUUCCCCUUCCAAUGCUAAUAUCCGAUACCGCUUUGUUGGUGACUCUGUUACAAUCGCGAGAGCAGCCUUUGAGAUUGACCCUCGCUCUGGACUCAUUACAACCCGUGGAGCAGUGGACCGAGAAACAAACGAGGACUACACACUCCAAGUAGAGGCCAGUGAUCAGGGGAAGGAACCAGGACCACGCUCGGCUAACGUCAAAGUUUUCAUCACUGUGCUGGAUGAAAAUGAUAACGUGCCACAAUUCAGUGAAAAGCGCUAUGUGGUGGCAGUGAAAGAGGAUGUACGACCUCACUCUGAGAUCCUUCGUGUGAGCGCCACAGACCUGGACAAGGACAGUAACGCUGCUGUUCACUAUAAUAUCAUCAGCGGUAACAGCAGAGGACAGUUUUCCAUCGACAGUGUUACCGGCGAGAUUCAUGUCGUGGCACCUUUGGACUAUGAGUCAGAACGUGAGUACACGCUUCGUGUUCGUGCACAGGACAAUGGCAGGCCACCUCUUUCCAACAACACUGGGAUUGUGAGUGUACAGGUGACGGAUGUCAAUGAUAACCCACCAAUCUUUGUCUCCACACCCUUCCAGGCCUCUGUGCUUGAAAGUGCCCCAGUAGGUAGUUCCAUCCUCCACAUUCAGGCCAUUGAUACUGACUCUGGUGAUAAUGCCCGCCUGGAGUACAGGUUGACCGGCACCAGCUCUGACACACCAUUCAUCAUCAACGGUGCAACAGGCUGGGUCACUGUGAAGUCUAUUCUGGACCGAGAAUCUGUGGAGCACUAUUUCUUUGGCGUGGAGGCCAGGGAUUACGGCAUGCCACCGCUCUCUGCUACAGCCAGCGUCACAAUAACAGUGAUGGAUGUUAAUGACAACCGCCCAGAGUUCCUCCAGAAGGAGUACUACUCUCGCCUGAAUGAGGAUGCAUCGGUUGGCACCAGUGUAGUGACGGUCACAGCUGUGGAUCGGGAUGUCAACAGCGCUGUGACUUAUCAGAUAACGGGAGGAAACACCAGGAACCGCUUUGCCAUCAGCACCGCAGGAGGGUCCGGACUCCUCUCCUUAGCCCUCCCGUUGGACUACAAACAGGAGCGGAGAUAUGUUCUCACAGUCACUGCCUCAGACCGCACCCUCCACGACACCUGUCAGGUGCACAUCAACAUCACAGAUGCCAACACACACCGGCCUGUGUUCCAGAGCGCCCACUACUCUGUGAGUGUGAAUGAGGACCGACCGCCUGGGAGCACUGUGGUUGUGAUCAGCGCCACAGAUGAUGAUGUUGGUGAGAACGCUCGGAUCACAUACUUCCUGGAGGACAAUAUCCCACAAUUCCGGAUCGACUCCUCAACAGGGGCUAUAACACUCCAGGCAGAGCUGGACUAUGAGGACCAGAUGACCUACACUUUGGCCAUCACAGCCAAAGACAACGGCAUACCUCAGAAAUCAGACACCACAUAUGUCGAGGUGAAUGUGAACGAUGUGAACGAUAAUGCUCCUCAGUUUCUCAGCCCGAGGUAUCAGGGGACCGUGAGCGAAGAUGCCCCCCCUUUCACAAGUGUCCUCCAAAUCUCAGCCACAGAUCGUGAUGCUCACGCCAAUGGUCGGGUUCAGUACACUUUCCAGAAUGGGGAGGAUGGGGACGGGGACUUUACUAUUGAACCUACGUCGGGAAUCCUACGUACGGUUCGCCGCCUGGACCGUGAGAGUGUCCCAUUCUAUGAGCUCACAGCCUAUGCUGUAGAUCGGGGCAUCCCACCUCAGAGAACCCCAGUCCACAUCCAAGUGACAGUCCUGGAUGUGAAUGAUAAUGCCCCUGUCUUUCCUGCAGAUGACUUCGAGGUUCUAGUGAAGGAAAACAGCGCUGUAGGAUCUGUGGUAGCUCAGAUCACAGCUACAGACCCUGACGAGGGUUCCAAUGCUCAGAUCAUGUACCAGAUCGUGGAGGGGAACAUCCCGGAGAUCUUCCAGAUGGACAUCUUUUCAGGGGAGCUCACCUCACUCAUUGAUCUUGACUAUGAAUCCCGCAAUGAGUAUGUCAUUGUAGUCCAGGCAACCUCUGCUCCUCUUGUCAGCCGGGCUACGGUCCGCAUCCGACUGGUCGACCAGAAUGACAAUCGGCCCACUCUGCAGGACUUCCAAAUCAUCUUCAACAACUUUGUGUCCAACCGCUCCAACAGUUUCCCCAACGGAGUAAUUGGGAGAGUACCCGCCCACGACCCUGAUGUGUCAGACAGGCUGUACUACACUAUCGACCGAGGGAAUGAGCUUCACCUGCUGCUCCUGAAUCAUACCAGCGGAGAGAUCCGGCUGAGCCGAAAACUGGAUAACAACAGGCCGCUGGUGGCUCCCAUGCUGAUCACCGUCACAGACGGCGUCCACAGCAUUUCAGCCCAAUGCGUCCUCCGUGUCCUCAUCAUCACCGAGGACAUGCUUGGCAGCAGUGUUACUGUCCGCCUCCAGAACAUGUCCCAGGAGUACUUCCUGUCACCGCUGCUGGGUAACUUCUUGGAGGGCGUGUCAGCGGUGCUCUCUGUGCCUGUUGAGGAUGUUUUCAUCUUUAACAUCCAGCCAGACCUGGACGCAGCGCCGGGAGGGAUCCUGAACGUCAGCUUCUCUGCAGCUUUACCAGGCGGACUCUUCUUUCCCUCAGAGGCCCUGGAGGAGCAGCUGUACCUGAACAGGCCGAGGCUGACGUCACUGACGCAGAUGGAGGUUCUCCCAUUUGAUGACAAUGUGUGUCUGCGUGAGCCCUGCCAGAACUACAUGAAGUGCAUCUCAGUGCUGCGCUUCAACAGCUCCGCCCCCUUCAUCUCCUCGCCCUCCAUCUUGUUCCGGCCCAUCCACCCCAUCGCAGGCCUACGCUGCCGCUGCCCAGUUGGCUUCACCGGUGAUUACUGUGAGACAGAGAUCAACCUGUGCUACUCCAACCCCUGCUUGAACGGUGGAGUCUGCGCCCGCAGGGAGGGAGGAUACACCUGUAUCUGCCGUGAGGACUUUACUGGUGACCGCUGUGAGUUUGACCGUCGACAGGGCAGGUGUGUGCCAGGCGUGUGUCGUAAUGGAGGGACGUGUCGGGAGCUGACAGGCGGAGGUUUCCGCUGCGAGUGUCCUGCAGGAGGCUACGAGCGCCCGUACUGCACCGUCACUGCUCGCUCCUUCCCACCCAAGUCCUUCGUCAUGUUCCGGGGCCUCAGGCAGAGAUUCCACCUGUCCAUCUCAAUAACUUUUGCCACCCUGGAGAGCAGCGGCCUUCUCUUCUAUAACGGCCGCUUUAAUGAAAAACACGACUUCAUGGCCUUGGAGAUCCAGGAAGGACAAGUGGUGCUCAAAUAUUCCACAGGUGAAUCCUCCACUCAGGUGAGUCCUUUCCUGCCUGGGGGCGUGAGCGAUGGAAACUGGCAUACUGUUCACAUCCACUACUACAACAAGCCAGCUACACGCUAUCCCAAAAGAAGUAUGACUGGUGAGGCUCAGGGCCCGUCGGAUGAGAAGAUUGCUGUGGUGAGCGUUGACGACUGUGACACGGCUUUGUCGCUCCGUUUCGGUACACAGCUGGGAAAUUACAGCUGUGCUGCUCAAGGCAAACAGACUAGCAACAAAAAAUCAUUGGAUCUGACCGGCCCAUUGUUUCUGGGCGGAGUUCCCAACGUACCAGACAACUUCCCAUUUGGCACCAGGGAGUUUAUCGGCUGUAUGAAGGAGCUACACAUCGACAACAAGCCGCUUGAUUUGGCGGGAUUUAUCGCCAACAAUGGAACAAUACCUGGCUGCAGCGCCAAGCUCCCCUUCUGUAAGUCCAACCCCUGUCAGAACGGAGGAACCUGCAGGGUGAGCUGGGAGACUUUUUCCUGCGACUGUCCCCUGGGGUACGGAGGGAAGGACUGCAGUCAUGUGAUGUCACACCCUCAUCGCUUCCUGGGUAACAGCGCUCUCUGGUGGGACCUGAAGAACGACGUGACCAUCUCCACGCCGUGGUACCUUGGACUCGUGUUUAGGACAAGAGCACGGGAGGGAACGUUACUGCAAGCUCAGGCGGGCCAGUACACCAGUCUGCUGUUCCAGGUGAUAAACGGUCAGCUCGUGUUCACGGUGGCUCGUGGUUCGACCAGACCGGUGCGUUUACGGCUGGAUCAGGUUCAGGUGUCUGAUGGGCGCUGGCAUGACCUUCAGCUGGAGCUGCGAGACGUUCGCAGCGGACAGGAGACGAGACACGUUGCUACACUGCGGCUCGACUUUGGACUCUAUCAGGGAACGGUGAUAGUGGGAAAUGAUAUCCGUGGUUUGAAGGUGAAACAUCUGCAUGUGGGAGGAGUGCUGGGCUCCGGAGAGGUUCAGAACGGGAUAAGAGGAUGCAUACAGGGUGUCCGGUUGGGUGUAAGGCCUGACGCCCCUCCCCUGCCCCGCCCAAGCCGAACUGUCAAAGUAGAGACAGGCUGUAAUGUUGGAAACCCGUGCGUCUCAUCUCCGUGUGCCGGUCACAGCCACAGCCGCUGCUCGGACCAAUGGGAGCGCCACACCUGUGUCUGCGAACCAGGUUACUACGGGAGAGGCUGCACUGAUGCGUGUCAUCUGAACCCGUGUGAGAACGAGGCUCACUGCCACAGGAAGCCCAGCUCCUCCCAUGGAUACAUCUGUGACUGUGGAGACAACCACUACGGACAAUACUGCCAGCACAGAAUCGAUCAUCAGUGUCCCAGGGGUUGGUGGGGAACUCCUACAUGUGGGCCUUGUCACUGUGAUCCCAAUAAAGGCUUCGACCCCAGCUGUAACAAGACCAAUGGGAACUGUCACUGCAAGGAAUUUCACUACCAUCCACGGGGCUCUGACUCCUGUCUGCCAUGUGACUGCUACCCAGUGGGUUCCUUCUCGCGGUCAUGUGACGCAGAAACAGGCCAGUGCCAGUGCAGGCCUGGUGUGAUUGGUCGCCAGUGCAACGCGUGUGACAACCCGUUUGCAGAGGUCACGAACUCCGGCUGUGACGUCAUUUACGAUGGUUGUCCAAAGACCAUCACUCAGGGGAUCUGGUGGCCUCGGACCAAGUUUAACCUGCCUGCUGCAGUGCCGUGCCCCAAAGGCUCUGUCGGUGCAGCCAUCAGACACUGUGAUGUGGAGCGGGGAUGGCUGGAGCCAGACCUUUACAACUGCACGUCACCUCCAUUUGUGGAUCUCAAUGCUGCUCUUGAUUCUCUGGAGCGCAAUGAAACCGAGUUGAACACCAUCAUGGAGAAAAAGCUUGCCCAUCAGCUCCGUGAUGUCACAGAGUCGACCGCUCGCCUCUAUGGCAAUGACCUCCAGAUCGCUGAACGACUCCUGUCCCGCCUCCUGACUUUUGAGACCCAGCAGAGUGGCUUUGGACUCACAGCGACUCAGGAUGCACAUUUCAAUGAGAACAUUGUCCGAGGAUGCAGCGUGCUCUUGGGUCCUGGUACCUCUGGGCUUUGGCGGGCCCUCGCUCAGAGUCAGAACCACAUCCCUGGUGGUGGUCCGGCCGAGCUGACGGAGCUGCUGGAUCAGUACUCCCAGAAUCUAGCCCAGAACAUGAAGCUCACCUACCUCAACCCUGUGGCGCUGGUUGCUCCAAACAUAGUCAUGAACCUAGACCGUGUGGAGAACCUGACUCAUGUGCGGCGGCGUUUCCCACGAUACCACCACACCACUUUGUUUCGUGGUCAAGCUCUCUGGGAUCCCUACACCCAUGUGAUACUGCCCCCUGCUGCCCUGGUGCCACAACGACAGCAACAAAACACCUGGAAGGAGAAAGGGAAGGAGAAGGAGCGACUGGAGAAAGAGCCCUCAGCCCCGCAGAACGCUGCCUCCGCUCCUGUCAGUAUCUCAGCCAAUCAGACGGGGGAAUACACUGCAGCCAGACGCUCUGUUUCAAUGCCUGAGCCGCCCAUCUCUAUUGUCAUCAUGUUGAUGUAUCGCAGUCUGGGCGCCGCCCUCCCUCCCAAGUACCACACAGACAGACGAGGAGUGAGGCUUCCCAGACACCCGGUAAUGAACUCCCCAGUGGUCAGCAUCUCCGUGUACAACAACCAGACGUUUGUGGGCGGACACUUGGACCAGCCCAUCCUGCUCGAGUUCAAGCUGCUGGAGACGGCCAACCGCAGCAAGCCGCUGUGCGUGCAGUGGAACCACAGCAACCAGUAUGAGAUCGGAGGCUGCUGGACUGUCAGGGACUGUAUGGUGGUGUACAGAAACACCUCUCAUGUGCGCUGUCAGUGCCACAGACUGGGCACCUUUGGCGUGCUGAUGGACAGCUCACACAGAGAGCAGCUGGAGGGGGAUCUGGAGACGCUGGCCCUGGUCACCUACUCCUCUCUGUGCCUCUCCAUGCUGGCCCUCCUCCUCACCAUCCUGGUGCUGUCCUGCCUCCGAGGCCUCAAGUCCAACACCAGGAGCAUCCAUUCCAACACAGCGGCGGCCAUGUUUUUAUCCGAGCUGGUGUUUUUGCUUGGAGUCAAUCAGACUGAGCAGCAGUUCCUGUGCACGGUGGUUGCAAUCUUACUGCAUUACUUCUUCAUGUCCACCUUUGCCUGGAUGUUCGUGGAGGGCCUUCAUAUCUACCGCAUGCAGACUGAGCAACGCAACAUCAACUACGGAGCCAUGAGGUUCUACUACGCCAUCGGCUGGGGAGUGCCCGCCAUUAUCACAGGCUUGGCGGUAGGCUUGGAUCCAGAAGGUUACGGAAACCCAGACUUCUGUUGGAUUUCAAUCUACGACAAACUCAUCUGGAGCUUUGCUGGUCCUAUAGCCAUCGUCAUACUGAUGAAUGGAGGGAUUUUUAUGAUCGUAGCCAAGAUGUCCUGCAAUCCCUCUCAGAAGGAGACAAAGAAGCUUCCUGUCAUUGCCACUGUUCGUAAUGCCUUCAUGCUGCUGCUGGUAGCCACCUCCACCUGGCUGUGCGGUCUGAUGGCUGUGAACAACAGCAUCGUUGCUUUCUACUAUAUAUUCAAUGUCCUCUGCUUGGUGCAGGGUCUUUCAGUGAUGCUGGUCUUCACAAUAUUCAACUCAGAGGUUAAAGAGGCCUGGAGCGUUGCCUGUUUGGGGAAGAAGAGCCCUGGAGAAGACCCACCAAGACCACCUCAGAGCACCGCUCAGAACCCGUACCACAACGCGUCUCUGUUGGAGCAAAGCGGACUGCACCGCAUCACCCUGGGAACCUCCACCAUUUCCUCCGUCAGCUCUGCCAGAGAGAAUCUUUUGGCUCGUCAGACUCUGGAACAAAACAUCGGCCACACUGGAGCAACAGACCUGGAUGUAGCCAUGUUCCACAGAGACGGAGGUGAGGAUUCGGACUCAGACUCAGAUCUCUCCAUGGAGGAGGAGCGUAGUCUCUCCAUCCCAUCGUCGGAGAGUGACGAUAACGUACGACUGCGCGGGCGGAUCCAGCGUCGAUUCAAACGCUCCAAUCACAGCGAGCGUCUGCUCACAGAGACAGCUCACAACGGCACCAAAGAUCUGGAUGGCAAUGACCUUCUGUCCUAUUGGCCGGCCCUGGAGGAGUGUGAGACGCACACUCUGCAGAAGUGGGGCUCAGAGCGGCCCCUCGGGGGAGAUUACAGCAAGGAUGCUGCCAACAACAACCAGACUGAUGCAGCGCUGACCAGCGGGGACGAGAGCGGCCUCACCCAGCCACACAGGCACCGCAAGGGUAUCCUGAAGAACCGUAUCGGCUGUCCGCCGGCCCUGCAGGGUCUAGCCACCAUGGGCCGGGUUCCCAGUGAGCUGAACUGGUAUAGAACCUCCACACUGGGACACCGGGGUGUUCCUGCAGCCUCUUACGGUCGCAUGUACUCGGCCUCUGCAGGUGCUUCUGGUUCUGGAUCUGGAUCUCUUUCCCAACCAGCUUCCCGCUACUCCUCCAGGGAGCACCUGGACUCUCUGUCUCGGAGACAGCUGUCCAGAGAUCCACUCGGGAGGCAGACGGUUGGUGGAUCUAGAGACCGACUGGACUCUCGUGGUUCUAGGGACAACCUGGAUCUCUUACCCAGGAGGAGAGAGCUGGGGUUUGGGCAGGGAGCAGGACUAGGGGGCCUGGGUCUGGAUCAACAGAGAGUCUCAUCAUCCAGGGAGAACUUGACCGGAUCCAGGGACAGACUGGACAACCACCACACAGGCAGCAUCCACGCCUCCAGGGAGGACCUGAGUGGGAACGGAGGAGCAGGAAUGGAGGGGUACCUUAGUGGAUCCAGGUCGCAGUUGAACUCACUAACUCGACGGCAGGCCUCAUCCCGGGAGCACCUCGAGGGGGCGCUGAUGAGCAGCAGAUCGAGAGAGCAGCUGGAGACCAACGGAGUCGCAGCUCAGGCUCAGCCGUGUCGCGAGUGGCUCCGCAGUCUGCCGCCACGUCAGCCCUCGCACCCAGACCAACCUCCAUCCUCCUCCCCUCCACCCCCCAUCUCUGAGGAGCCUCAAGAGCAGCAACCUCACGGCAGAGGGCGCCUGGACUCUGCACCUCCAUGUAGGUACCCUGGUCAGGCUCCUCAAGCUGCAAACCCUCUGGGUCGACAACCGUCCAGUGAACACCUGGAUAUCCUGUCCUCCAUCCUGGCGUCCUUCAGUUCCACUACCCUAACCCCUCCCCCUGCUGGCGCUAACCCUGGGCCAAAUGGCUCCACCCAUGGACCUUCCCUUUCCCCGUCUCAGUCUGCAAACUCCCACAGUGUGUCUGAAGUCUCCCCGGACUCUGAAGCCAACAGAAGUGAAGGACAGUCUUGAUGACAGCCUCCAUAUCCCUUUAUUCAUUACGACAGUCUUUUGAACACAGUUCAAAGGUCACAUUCGGCCUUGAACGACUGGGACACCCUGGGCUAUCAGAGGACAACAAACAUACUUGGACAGUGGAGACGCAGAUUUGGACACAGCAAGCACCCGCAAAGGACACGAGGGAUGCUUGUGGGCCGUUUGUACUUUAUAAAUAAAGUUUCAGGCCCGACUGCCUUCAACGAUGAAAUCAUCUCUCUGGACAAUAAGUCUCCAACCUCUACUACCUACAACGAUUGAAGGACAAACAACAACUCCUCAGAUUUCAAACACAGCGUCAGCUUGAUCCAGAAAAAAGAAAAGACUGUAAAUAACAUUUUUUAUACAUUUUGUAUCUUUUUCAUUGGAGAUGAAGAAGAAAUCUCUUGUGAUCUUUGUUUUUUUUUAUGAUUGUGUCUGUGUGAGGUUGUGAGCGAGCUUGGUAUGAGUGCAGUCUCUUUGUUGCUGAGGGAGAGAUUUCCCCAACUUAGAUUAAAAAAAAAAUCCCACAAAUCCCUCCCCCCCUGUGUUCCACAGAAACUUUCCCUCACACCCAUCAAUGUUGUGUAUAGUGACAGGGGUCCGGCAAUAGUAUCUGAUGAGAUUACUGAAACCACGACACAUGGUGGAACGGAAAAUAUCAAAGAUGGAAGAAGUGAUUGUACAUAGAGGAAGAAAAUAUUUUAAGAGAAGAGAUUUGAUGGAACGAGAUGAUUGUGCAGAAAACGAUGGUCAACAUUAAGCUAAAACACCACGCCAAGGUUUGGAGUCCAGCUGUAAAAUCUCUGUCACGAGUGUCAAAGUAUCCGCUCUGUCUGGAGGUUGUGCUGUUUUGUGAUCCGUUGUAUAUGAAUGUGACCUUGUCAUCCUUCUGUGUAUCUCUGUGCCUCUGAUCCAGACCAUAUCAGUGGACUUAUAUUCCAGACCACCUUUAAUGUCCAGGUGGCAGAUAUCUGUCUGCCUCUCAGCGUGAGGCUGUAUCAUGUAACGGCAGUUUAAAGCCCCUAACGGUAUCGUGCACUUUGAUGCAUCGAGACUCAACCUGCCUUGAGAGACGCCACAGGGGCCGCUCAAUCUCUCUGACAGAAUCCAGGAGACUUAUCCAUAAAGACAUCUAAUGCAGAAAAUCUGUGCGAAGGGACAGCUGCUUAAAAUCAGGACAGUUCAUCAUGUUCUGGAGUUUCCUGUGAUAGAAAUGAAUGGUACAGGGUGGAAGAUGUCAUUCACAGUUUGUUUUAACUGGUUUUAUUUUAAUUUAAAUUGUGCUUUGGGAGAAACCCUGCAGAGACACAUUGUUUUUAUUAAUGAGGCCAUAAAUCUGGAGAUGCAGUUAUAAUUUGAUCUGCUUUGGUGUGGAGGAGAGCCAAUCAGAUGGAAGGCAUCAUGAAUUUUGAGUGUGCUCAGACCUUAAAGCAGACCUGAGGCCUGAGCUAUGAAGCGAGUUUAACACACCCAGAUUAUCUUUAUUGAUUUUUUUGUUAUCCGGCUUCCCUGAUUCAAAGAUCACAAGAAGCUGCUUAGCCACCCAGGAUUUCUAUGAGUGCUUUGCAUAAAAGGGGCGUUGUUCUAAUCAUACGACCAAUCACAGACAUUGAGAAGCUAGCCGUCAGCAGAUCAGAAUCAGCGCAGCUACAGCUACCAAACGCAGGAAGAAAGCUUAUAUCCCUUCCCGUCAAUAACGCAUGUCAGAUCCAACAAUGAUAAAACCAACUUUUUUAUCCUGAUUCCCAUAUGUGUUCUCGUUCAGCUUUAUCUCAGACAUUUGAUCUCAGCUGCAGUCCCAUCUCGAUGAAAAGGAGAAGGAAAACAUGAUUCAAAGCAGUGGAUAUACUGUAUGUAUUUGCUUUCUUGUUUUGAAUAUCUUACAUUCAGAGCUCUGAUCAGGGGUAGUGAUUGGUCAUGUGGACUUUUAUACAAACUGAUCUCUUACCCUGCUUAUCUUGAGCAGGUUAUGUGUACUUGGAAUGAGUUAGUAAUCUCAAGCGAUCAAUCUCAGUACCAAGUGAACCACCUUCCCCGUUCAUCCUGAAUCAAUCGAUCAAUCAAUCUUUAUUUGUAAAGCACCAAAUCACAACAAAUGUUAUCUCAAGACUCUUUUACAAACAGAGCAGGUCUAGACCACUCUAUGUCAAAUUAUGAACAGAGACCCAACACCAAGACAGGAUAAGACUCAGUCUGACCCCAGCUUUAAAUCUACCGGGGUGUACAGGCUCCUUCCUGCAUCACAUGAAUCCCAUGGCAGUUUUUCUGCUUGCCCGAACACUUUGCCAGAGAAUUACCUCGGUAUAUAAUUCGUUAAAGGAAAAUUUCAACAACGAAAAAAGAGGCACUUGAGUCCUGACAUGCUUUCAAGCUGACACUCAUGAUGUUGUUCACACAUCAAGACAGCUUCUGUUGUCGUUGUUUGAACAAAGACAUGGUUUCUGGAAAGAUGCUGCUUUGCUUCUGCUGCAACAGUUAGCUGAGGAGAUGUCAGUGUGUCAGUGCUAAAAGCCUCUAAGUGGUUCUGAGAUGCAUGUCUUUCCAUCAGCACCUGCUCCUUCCAUGCUUCUGCUGGAGUGCAGGCGGUAAGGUAACAACACUCAGGCAGGGAUUAGGCAGCAUGGAGACGAUCUCCAGCAGGUUGAACAUAGAUGAGGGGGUUGUGCUGAACGAAAGAAGAGCAGUGGGUCAUGUAAACUGGAGGUGUAUUUUUGGUUUUGGGAAAAGUGUUUUUUUGUGGAGAGAUUUUUGGUGACAGUUAGAAAUAAGACUGCAACAGAUCCAUCCAUCCAUCCAUCUAUUACUCAUAUGCAAUUCCAGCUGUCAUUGGCUGAGAGGCAGCUAGUCUAUCAUAACAGAUGAGCGGAUAAAAACAAGAAAGCUAAAUACAGCACAAUUAUGAAAGUAAAAAUAAAUCCUGAGGUAAAAAAAUAAUGAGAAAAGGUCUGAAGAAGCACAAAUUGGGUCAGAAAGUAUGACUGUGCAGCUUACAUGUCUGCAGGGACGAUGGCAUAGACGUUACUCAUCACAGAGCGCAAAGAACAAAACAGAAACAGGAGGGUAACAUGGGAAAACACACAAUCACAUACACAUACCACAAACCUUUCUGAUGCAUAACUUCCUUUGACCGCUGCUCUGUCACCCUGGGAUGUGAUGUGACAAGUAAACCUCUACAUGACAGUAGUAUUGCCAAAAAUAGUCUCCUGCAGGGGGAAACCAUCCAGUGUUCCUUUAAAGUAGUCGUCCUUGCACACCUUGAAAAAAUCAGACAUUGAUUCCUUCUCUUUUUUUCAUCCAGCUGCUCCGUUUCUUUUCUCUCCACAGAUUUGUUUAUCUGACACUGACAGUACCUUGAACUUGUACAGACAUGAGAUUUAUUUUACUUAUGGAUUAUUUAUUGACACUGUGUUCAUUAUUUACAUUGCCAUUCUGUAUGAGAGGCUGUUACAGAUGUGUGUGGGAGGUUUUUCUUUCUGUCCAAGUGUUCCCUUCUUCACAUGUAAUCUCUGAAAGCACACACAGAGGGUUUCAAAGAUGAGGUGAAAAUGCUUGAUUCUGCCUGGUAUAGCAGUCUGGUACAUUUAAUUUGGUAUUUAAGUCUUUAAAUUGGUUACUUUAUCCACUAAUGGAGGUCAAAUCCAGUAGAAAUUCACAUACUGUGCAUUUCGACCAAGAGUUCUGGGGUCUUUUAGCCCCCAUAACUACUUUACCCUGAACUAAAAGGUUCCUGUGCCCCCAUUGUUGUCUGCGUUUCGACCACGGGCUGAAGUCCCAGGUAGAUUGUGCAAAUCAGUGACGUAUGGAGGGGAAAAAAAGGAAAUGCACUACACCACCAGACCAGUAGAGGGCAGUACAACAAAGACGUAUGCCAUUCAUCACAGAUGACACCAUAGAAGCAGACGGGCAGGCUGGUGUCAUUAUGAGCAACACAACAGUUAGCCUGUUAGCAUGAAGAGACUCAGCUGGUCUGUUUUAGAUGGUGCUAUAUUUCAUCACAGAUGGAUUCACUGAAUCAACACGUGAGAGGAGAUAAGCGCGAGUAGCAAAGACGUUUCAACACGGCUUUAAAAUCCUUUUGAACUCAAAAAGCCGUGGCAGAGAUCGGCCGGUGUUUUGGUUUAAACAGCGACCCUGUUAACUGCCGACUUUCAGCCGGCUGCAUCCCUCAUAAACGUCUUUAGACGAUCAUUAAAUAUCUGAUGAGGAUAUUUUGAAAUCUUAAUAAAAACUAAACUAGUUUGCAUUCCCAGGAACUCCCUCUGUGUUUCAACAGCUGUGUAAACUCCACAAACACUGACACGUUCAGCUGAAGGUCUCCAGUUUACAGGGUCACUUUUAAAACCGUAACACCGGCAGAGACGCAUUCACGGUGGGCUGAGAGAAGACUACUGUUACAAGCUGCUAAAUCAAGAGAAUCACAGCUUCUUCUUUUGAAAAGUACACACACAUACAAAAAAGAUAGAACAAAUGAAAACUAAUGAAAGAAAGAGAAAUCAAGUGAAUCACAGAUGUGUGUGAUGUUAUUGCGGACGGAGGGAGGAAUAAAAACACUGCGGUUAAUCUACCAAUCAGACACGUUCAGCAUUGCAGGCCCUGCCCCCCGAAAGUCCUGGGACCUUUGAAAAGUACUACCCCCCUAGCAGGGGCUUUUCAGGGGGGAGAUUAUCUACCCCUGAACUAAUUGAGACCCUGAGUCCACUGGUCGAAACGCACGUAGUUCAGGGGUAAAGUUCCUCUGGUCAAAAAACGCCUAUAACAAACUGAAAUGUUGUUCAAACAUUUACAAACAUGAAGUUAUUGAAUAUAUCAAAACUCAAAGUUGAAUUCUGGGUGUAAAGUGUGCAGAUAUGUCUUCAAUUUAUUCACUGUCCUACUUUUCACUGUUAGUGACUGGUACAACUUCAGGUUAAUCAUGCUCAAACCAACAGAAGCACCUCAAGGGGGCGGAGUCAAAACAACUCUGAUGUGCUUUGACAGAAAUAAAGGGAGGAAGUGACAGAAGACAAAAUACAGAGUGAAAGAUAGACGGGGAGGAGGAGGAGAAGGAGGGAUGGGAGUUGUCUUUGUUAGAUUUGUGUGUUCAUUAUGGGAUGCUUUCUAUCCUGCUGUCAGCGAGGGACGGCAGCAUGGAAACAGCUGUGAAACAGAAAUGUUGGACAUUAAAAAACGACUUAUUCCUA